GUACGAAUGUGUGUCGAUUAUAGGGACCUUAAUAAAGCUAGUCCUAAAGAUGAUUUCCCGUUACCUCACAUCGAUAUUUUGGUUGAUAAUACGGCUCGCCAUUCACUCUUCUCUUUUAUGGAUGGUUUCUCUGGGUAUAAUCAAAUUAAGAUGGCAGCUGAAGAUAUGGAAAAAACGACUUUCAUCACUCCUUGGGGAACAUUUUGUUACAAAGUAAUGCCUUUUGGUCUGAAGAACGCUGGAGCGACCUACCAAAGAGCUAUGGUAACCCUAUUCCAUGACAUGAUACAUAAAGAGGUCGAAGUUUAUGUAGACGACAUGAUCGUUAAGUCACAAACAGAAGAAGAACAUAUUAUUGAUCUAAAGAAACUCUUCAAAAGACUUAGAAAGUUUAAGCUAAAGCUCAACCCCUCCAAAUGCACUUUUGGGGUGAGAUCGGGCAAAAUAUUGGGAUUUGUGGUUAGUCAGAGAGGAAUAGAGGUUGAUCCCGAUAAGAUUCGAGCCAUUGCAGAAAUGCCUCCCCCGAGUACAGAAAAAGAAGUUCGCGGUUUUCUUGGGAGACUAAAUUAUAUUUCAAGAUUUAUAUCACAACUAACUGCUACUUGUGAACCGAUAUUUAAACUUUUACGGAAAAAUCAAACAGUUUUGUGGAACCAAGAAUGUCAAAAUGCAUUUGAAAAAAUCCGACAAUAUUUGCAAAAUCCUCUAAUUCUAGCCCCACCAGUUCUGGGCCGACCCUUGAUUAUGUAUCUUACAGUCCUCGACGGGGACAUGGGAUGCGUACUGGGGCAACAUGAUGAAACAGGAAAAAAGGAGCAUGCCAUUUAUUAUCUAAGUAAAAAUUUUACAGAUGUUGAAACAAGAUAUACAAUGUUAGAACGUACUUGUUGUGCCUUAGCCUGGGCGGCUCAUCGCUUGAGGCAAUACAUGCUUUGCCAUACAUUUUAUUUGAUAUCCAAAAUGGAUCCAAUCAAGUACAUUUUUGAAAAGCCCGCUCUCACAGGGCGAAUUGCUCGAUGGCAGGUGAUGUUAUCAGAAUAUGAUAUUACAUAUGUUACUCAGAAAGCCAUCAAAGGGAGUGCCUUGGCAGAUUAUCUAGCUAAUCAACCUGUUGAUGAUUAUAAAUCAAUGCAAUGUGAAUUCCCAGACGAAAGUAUCAUGGUUUUGUCUGAAGAAUAUGAUGAUGGAAAAUUGACCUUGUUGUUCGAUGGGGCCUCAAACAUAAUGGGGCAUGGGAUUGGGGUUGUUUUAAUAUCUCCAAAAAAGAAGUUCAUACCUAUCACGGCGCGAUUGUGUUUUGACGCAGAAUAUGAAGCUUGUGCCAUGGGAGUUUUGGCGGCUUUGGAAUCAAAAGCAAAAGUUCUAGAAGUAUAUGGAGAUUCAGCCCUAGUCAUUAAUCAGCUUAACCAAGAAUGGGAAACUCGAGAUAAGAAGUUAAUACCUUAUUUUACCUACAUAAAAGAAUUGUCUUUAGAAUUUGACAAAAUCACGUUUCACCAUGUCCCUCGAGAAGACAAUCAAUUGGCUGAUGCUUUGGCUACUUUAUCAUCUAUGUUCCAAAUAAAUCGAAACGAUGAAAUCCCAUCAAUUAAAAUGGAGAGUCGAGAUUACCCAGCCUACUGCCAUGUCAUGGAAGAAGAAACUGACGGAAAACCGUGGUAUCACGACAUCAAACAUUAUCUUAUAAAUAGAGAAUAUCCUCCCGGAAUAUCGGAGAAUGAGAAAAGAACUUUGAGACGGUUAUCCGCGAGCUUUUUUGUGAACGAAAAUAUUUUGUAUAAGAGGAAUCACGAUAUGGUACUCCUCAGAUGUGUUGAUGUUAAUGAGGCGAAGGAAAUUCUACAAGAUAUCCACGAUGGCUCUUAUGGGAUCCAUAUGAAUGGACACGCCAUGUCUAGAAAGAUUCUUCGGGCCGGAUAUUAUUGGCUCACCCUAGAAAAAGAUUGUUAUAAUUAUGUAAAGAAAUGUUAUAAAUGUCAAAUAUAUGCUGAUAAUAUCCACGCCCCACCAGUGCCCCUGAACACCCUUUCAGCGCCCUGGCCAUUCUCAAUGUGGGGCAUAGACGUCAUCGGAAUGAUCGAACCGAAAGCAUCAAAUGGACAUCGCUUCAUCUUGGUGGCAAUUGAUUACUUUACCAAGUGGGUAGAGGCAGCUUCAUACGCCAAUGUAACCAAAAAUGUGGUAGUCAAAUUUAUAAAAAGGGAAUUAAUAUGUCGUUAUGGUCUACCAAGCAAGAUCAUUACUGACAAUGCCACAUAUUACCUUUAUAAUUUAACUCUUUUUCCUGAAUGCAUCUAUGAUUAUCAUGUAUUGGAAAGUAAAACAUAUUCCAUACCUCGAUACAAUGAAUUGCAAUAA